AAUAUGUGGUCUGUGUUUUGGGCAUCCGAGGCACAGAUGGUCGCCUUUUUUAUGGACAUAUCAGCUUCAAAACACUUUAUAUGUAACACAAUUUCAACUCAUACGCGACCGUGUAAUGUUGUUUUUUGACCGUGUUGAUAAGGGCCUCAAAGAAAACGGACAUUCAUUAGUUACGGACCAUAGCAUGCGUACAAUUAAAACAAGCUACGUUGCUAAUUUAGCUUCCACAACGGAAAGAGUUUGUCUUUAACCUAUGCAUCUGGCGUACGGUUUAACCUUACUCGAUAGAAUUAACUGGCUAUAUCUUAAACCAUUUGUUUAUAUUCUCUAUGUGACUUGUUAAGUUAAAACUAUAGGCUGCUCUUUGUUUCCAGUCGCAUCGCUUGAUUGAUUGGUUGGCUCCAGAUAUCGGGAAGUAGCUGUCUCGAGGUAAAAAAUGGACGAAAAAGCCGAAAAUUUGGAAAACGACGACAUUGUCAUCAUCGUGGAAAAUGAAGCUGAAAGUUUGCCGGCCGAGGAGGAGAGGCAGAAACAGCCAGGCACAAUCGGACUCAUGGACACUUGUCCCGUCUGCAAGCUGAGCUUCCACAACAGGGAACCCAAACUACUGCCAUGUCUCCACUCCUUUUGCAAGCGAUGUCUACCUGCCCCCUUCAGAAGCGCUGACCCGAGGCGUGACAUGCAAGCUCACGUAGACAACAGCAAACCACUGGGUGCCAUUCGCUGUCCAGUAUGCAGACAGGAAUGCUGGGAGAUGGACGUGCUGGAUAAUUUCUUUGUCAAGGACUCUGCUGAAGUGCCGAGCAGCACAGUGGAAAAAACCAGCCAGCUGUGUAUGAGCUGUGAAGACAACACGGAAGCAACAGGUUACUGUGUGGAGUGUGUGGAGUUCCUGUGCUUGACGUGCAUUGAUGCACACCAAAGGGUUAAGUUUACCAGGGAUCACACAAUACGGCAGAAAGAGGAGAUGUCUCCAGAGGCCGUAGGUCUGUCGACACAGAAGCCUGUGUUUUGUGACAUCCACAAGCAGGAGCCACUGAAGCUGUUUUGUGAAACGUGUGACAGGCUCACCUGUCGAGACUGUCAGCUGCUUAAGCACAAGGAUCACAACUACCAGUUUUUGGAGGAUGCAUACAGAAACCACAGACAGUACCUAGAGAACAUGACACAGCAGUUGCAAGAGAAAAGACAAGCCAUUGAGGAUGUUUCCAGCUGUAUCAGCUCUGGACUUCAACAAGUUGAAGAAAAUCGUAAGGCAGUUACAAAUGAAAUAAAGAAGUCCAUCUGUAAUUUGAUAAUGGAGAUCAACAGGAAGGGCAAGAUUCUGGUUAAUCAGCUCGAGGGUCUCACAAAGGAACAUGAGGUGGGUCUGAAGAAACAGCAAGAGGAUGUCAACUCUCUGAGUAGGCACCUCGACCACGUAAUUAGCUUCACAAAGUGGGCUACAGCCAGUCAUAGUGGAACUGCCCUCCUGUACUGCAAGAGACUGAUCCUUUACCAGAUCCAUUACCUGAUGAGGGCAAGCUGUAAUCCCUCCAUCAUUCCCCAGAGUUCUGUUCGCUUCCAGUGUCGCUCUGGUUUCUGGGCCACUAAUGUCGACCUUGGUUCUUUGGUAGUAGAGAGAGGCCCAGGACGGCCGGCCGUCCUCAACCACCAAGCAGCUCCUAGAGCAGAGGCACCUGCUGGUGGACUGCCAGUCUCAGCUCAGCAGCGACAGAGCACACUAGCUCAGCUCCAGAUGCAGGUUGACAAGCUUUCCCAACAGUCCCACAGACAGCCUGCUCCUACUAACUACUGGUCCUGGUACCAGAACAUCAGGCCCCCUGGACCUCCUGGCCCCCCACCACUGACCAGGCCUGUCCAUGGAGGGUCCUCACCAUCUCAGGGACCCCCCAACUUGGCACACACGGGACGCAGGUACGGGAGCUCCAACCCCAGAAGUCCCACAUCCUCCAUGCUUCACAACACAGGGUUCCCCCCUGCUCAGUCUCUGAGAGAUCUCAUCAAUAGCUCCAGCUUUGCUCCGAAACCAAUGGAUGUGUCGCAGGGCACUUCUCGCUUCCCACCACCUCUGUCUGCUGGAGCAGCCACACAGUCGUCACUACACCAGAGGGGUGUGUCAGAGUCCUCCUUCCUAAAGAGGAGCGAACCAAGUGCGUCUGUCCCCUCCAUCACCAUCUCUGUUCCCAAACCCAACUAUUCUUCAAGUCUAACCUCGGCAACCACAGACAAAACUAGCACAUUUAACCACAUAACAGUUCAAAAUAGGCAGAACUCCCCGAUGUCCAAACCGUCUUCAACAGACAGAAGCACGGGGACUUCCUCCUGGAAGAGAACUUCUGAGCCGCCGCCUGCUCCCUCCUCCAAAAGACGGAGGAGGUCAUCUCCGGGUCCCAUAAUCGUCAUCAAGGACGAACCGGAGGACGAGGAUGAAGUCCGUUUUGUGCAGUCCAGUGUGGGGUCCAGCUUACCUGACAGCAGCACUGGGGUUCAGUCAAAGCCCCGGCAGCAGCAGAAGGUGUCUGUCCCAGACCCGGUGCCUAGAUCACAGUCCAACCCUGGGAAUGGGCAGUGUCCUCAGCCCACGGCGCAACCUGUGUUGGACAAGCGAGCGGAGCCUGAGGACGAUCCCAAUGAGGACUGGUGUGCUGUGUGUCAGAACGGAGGAGAGCUGCUGUGUUGCGACAAGUGUCCCAAAGUUUUCCAUUUGUCCUGCCACAUCCCCACGCUGAAUGAGUCCCCCAGUGGUGAGUGGUUCUGCUCAUUCUGCCGAGACAUCGUCUCGCCUGAGAUGGUGUACGACUGUGACAGUAAGGACGGCGCUGUCUCUGACGGAAUCUCGCCUUUUGAUAAAAGGAAGUGUGAAAGGUUGCUACUGCGUCUGUUCUGCAAUGACUUCAGCGCUGACUUCCAACUGCCUGCUUCUCCAUCGGAGACAAAAAGGUACAAAGAGCUGAUCAAGACUCCGAUGGACUUGUCAAUAGUGAAGAGGAGGCUGCAGUUGAAGUCAAAGGAUGGAGAAAGUUAUAGUUCUCCGGAGGGGUUCGUCACGGACGUCAGGCUCAUCUUUUUCAACUGUGCAAAAUACUACAAGGCAUCCUCAGAAGUGGGGAGUGCAGGCUUGUACUUGGAGGAUUACUUUGAGGAGCAGCUGAAGCUUAUCUACCCAGACAAGGUGUUCCCAGGUGGGAGGGAAGAACAGAUGAUUCCUCCACUAGAGGACGAGAUAGACGAUGAAGAGGAAGAGAUGAUGGAGGAAAGUGUGGCACCCGUCAAAGACGAUACGCCACAAAGUCCUGUGGAAAAUGGAAUUCCACCCGUGGAAGAAGAUUUAGCCCCCGACACAGAAACGUUGGUCCCAGCAGAGGAAGAAAAGACUGAAACCGAGGAGAAGGCGACUGACACGGAGGAGAAGAUGACCGACACGGAGGAGAAGGCGACCGACACGGAGGAGAAGAUGACCGACACGGAGGAGAAGGCGACCGACACGGAGGAGAAGGCGACUGACACAAGUGUAAUGGAGACGGAAGAAAAGGUCGCAGCUGCUGAUGGAGGCGUUCCAACUAUAGAGGCCUCCUCUAUAGUUGGAACCGGCUCUGAGGUGGAGGUGAAGCAGGAUGAGAAAUCUUCUGUGGAGAAAGUGAAAGACUCCCUCGCUACCAAUGGUGAAUCAGGAGACAGUGCAGUUCUCAGUUCCCCUAAACGGGAGAAUCCCGAACUGCCAUCAGAGCCUGUCGAUCCACAUGAAACCCAGAAGGAGGAUGCGGAUCCCGCAGACACAGACAAACAAGAGGAGGGCUAGUCGGAUAUUCCAGCUGUAGAGAGAGGAUAUAUGAUUUCAGUCUUCCGCAGAAUUGGCCCCAGUGGGGACCUGUAUGUUGCCGCUGCAAGCAGGAAGCUUUUGUACCGCGUUAUAUUUGCAAUAGGAACAGUGUACAGUAGCAGUGAUGCUGUAAGUGCACAAGGAAUGGAGUAAACAAGCUGUACAGAGGUGUACAAUUUUAAUGUGAUAUAAUUAUCUUUGAAGAACGUGAAAGAUAGGAUCAUGGGUAAAUUAUCAUCAGUUGCUUUGCUUUUUACUUGUACAUAAUAAUCCCACGAACUGAGGACACACCUGCUGCAAUGGAAAUCAGAACACAAGACGUUGGGUUAACAAUGCAUGCACGAUGUCUUAAUAUGAAUAGUAAUGGCUCCAGUACCUUCACUUGUACUGGAGCCACACGGCUCGUAAAAACAAAUGUUUCAUUGCAUUAGUAUUCAUUUUUAUUUUAGUAGUAUUGUAAUAAUGCUGUGUAUUUAACAAAUAUGGCUGCUGUAUUUACUUUUAUUUCCUGAACAGGAAGGAGUGACACAUAUCUGUGCAAUGACGACUGACUGCCACAACAUGGCGUUUAAGAAAGGAAAAACAAAAUUGUCAUAUCGCAGUUCAAGGCCUUUCAUGUCCCAAAUCCCAAAGAUGAUUCAUCAUACGGCUGCAUCGUUUGUUUGUUUUUUUAUCAAGAAAAUGUUUCUUUACUGGCUUUAUUUAUUAAAAUGUUACUGGUGAUAGAUAACUCAGAGACACAGUAAUCACUUUAUCAUUAUCAGCGUCUGACACAAGAGUGCUGUGUCCCUGCCCUUCUGCAUCGCAAUGACUGGGAUAUAACGUUAGGCUAGAAAAUGAAUGUUUUUGUCACUGAAAUAUUGGGAAAAUGCACAACAACAAGAGCGUCAUCACACAUAAACUUGAAAAUAGAAUGUU